AUGGUAGAGCAUGGCUAUCUUCCCAGAUGGCCAGACCUAUCCUCUGAAAAAAUGAUAAUAAAAAAGGAAAGUGGUUGUAAGAUAGUUCUGAUGAGCAUUUUAUUUAUCGGGUUAUCUAGUGGAACAUGUCCGCUUGGUUUGUUUCUUUCUCUCUCCUCUCUUGGGAAGAUGAUCAGGGGUGGACACUCAAUUGCUAAGAUUACUGACAUAGAGUGGCUGUUGUACAAGCCCUGUCUCUACUGUUCUGUGGCUGUUGACAAGUUCUCUGGACGCUUUCGUGGCUUCGGAUUUGUCUCCUUUGAUGAAAAGAUUGCAAUGGAAGAGGCCAUUGAAGCUAUGAAUGGGAUUGAUUUAGAUGGCCGAACCAUUACCGUUGAUAAGGCAAGGGCAAACCAGGGUUCAGGUAGAGAUUAUGACAAUGAUCGCUCACGAGACCGCGACCGUGACCGUGACCGAGGUCAUGGUCGUGAUCGUGAUCGUGAUCUUGAGUAUGGAAGCGGGCAGGGAUCUGGUGGUGAAGGGUGCUUUAAGUGUGGCAAACCUGGACACUUUGCUAGAGAAUGCCCUGAUGAAGGGGCUAGAAGCAGUAGGUAUGGGAUAGGUAUGGUGGCAGAGGUGGUGGUAGUUAUGGUCUUGAUCGUAAUGGAGAUCGAUUUGGAGGCCGUAACAGGGAUUCUAGUGGCUGUGGGCGAGGUGAUCGAUAUAAUCGUGAUCGCUCUGGGCCUUAUGAUCACCGAGGAUCUGGGGAUUUCUGAUGUGGGUGUUUUGAUGUCUGACUAUAAUUUGAAAACUUUGAAGACCUGGUGCUCUUGGAUGCAUGUAUUAUGUGGUUUCUCUCUUGUUGGCAUGUUGGCUAAAUGGAUCAUUGUUGAAAGUGUGAAACUCGGCACUAAUAGUUUAUAUAUAUCGUGUCACUAAAAUGUUCUACUUUUUGGUCCUUUGGGGUCCUUUGCUUGCGUAUGUGCGGAUUCGAAUCUCAUCUUUCACUUUUGAAUGCUAUUAUUCCAACUGGUUGUCUCCU